GUCAUCAAAGAGAGAUAUCAAAGAUCUCCCUUCUUCUUCGCUCUGUGUCAACAAAGCAUCAACAACGCUCAGGCAAUAAAAUCAAGGAACGCUCAGGCAAUUCUCAACCCCAUAAAAAAUGAACUGGCACGAAAACAAGUCUGGAACUGAAUGACGCGAUAACCCCACACCACCCAUAACUUUCACAUAGUUGACCUUUUGCCUCGUUCGACAGCACAAGCAAGAGACCCUUGCGAGCCAACUUACUCAACAUGCCCUCGAAGAUACAUGACUUCGUCUUCAACAAUGCCCAUCAGCAGGAUUCUGCCGAGGCUGAAAAGGCAGUCCGGGAAAAAUAUCCUCUUCUUCUUGGCAAAGAUGAGAAAAUCGUCUUAGCAUUCAAAGGUCGGGGUGGUGUUGGCAGAGACAAGUCCUACUUUACCACUGACCGUAUCAUCAUCAAGGACGGCAAAGGUGUUAGCGGCAAGCGCAAGCAAUACCAGAGUAUUCCCUGGUGGUCGAUGGAGGCGUUCUCCACAGACACGGCUGGAAAAUUUGAUGGUGAUGUCUCCGUUCGCAUCUACAGCAGGGGUAUUGACUAUGUUGAAAUUGACUUGGCAGCAGACAAUGUCAAUAUCUAUGAAGUCCAGCAAUUCUUGAGUGAAAAGCUGCUGGCGGUCAAGCAUACCGGAAUUGAUGUCCAAGUCGAUACUACACCUCCUGAUCUGAAGAAGCAAGAAUCCUCUGCUGGUAGCAUCAUUGGCUGGUUUGGUGAUAACGCCAAACAGACGGAUCCCAAGGAAGCAGAAAGCACCCUCAAGAUACAAAUGCCCAUUCUGUUGAAAAAUGAAACGGUGCAGAUCGGAUUCCAAGCAGGACAGGAUUACAUUGUCUUCACGGACCUGCGUGUCUUGAGAGUUGACGUUGAGGGUGCCUUUGAGGGUGUCUCUGAUAAAAAGGUUGGAUUCUUUUCAAUCCGCUGGGAUAUCAUCAAAGCAUUCUCGGUUCAAACUGCUGGAGCCUUUCUUGACAGUGAUAUGGAAAUGUGCCUCUACACCAACUUGCGAGGUGUUGGACGCAUUGCACAAGAUCUUCAUCAUGGCAAAGCAGACCUCUUUGCCUUGCAAAAGAUUCUCUGCAAUCACAUUCUAGGAGAAGACGCGGCACCUGUGAAAGAAGUUGACACCCAUGAAGGAGAAGUCAAUGAGAAGGGUUUCUGGUGGUUCCAUGACAACCAGAGGCCUCUGGAUACAGUGGAAAUGAACAAGGUCUACCACUCAGCACCUGCAAUUCUGCGUGGGAAUGAAACUGUUGAAAUGGCGUUCAAGGGGCAUCGUGACAUCACGUUGUUCACCAACCUUCGUGUCAUUUUGAUCGACCCAAAGGGCCUUACUGGGAAGAAAACCGAAUAUACAUCCCUCUGCUGGGAUUCGAUUACUGCUCAUGGUGUUCGUACGGCAGGCAAGCGUGCCGAUACUGAUUGUGAAGUCCUGUUCUGGACAGAGAUGGACUUCUAUGCUGGCAGAGCACCCGUUCAGGAUGAUAAUCCUGUGCCACCACGCCCUGCACAGUCAUUUUUCGAAAUUGACUUUAACAAGAACAGAGUUGAUAUGACAGCCCUCAACUACUAUCUAUCUCAGCGUCUUGUAGCCAAAAAGAAACCUAUGAGACAGGGAGUUCCCAUUCCUAUGGAUACCUCAAAGCUGCAAUUGGAGAAACCCGAAAUGGAAUUGGAAGCCUUGCUCCAAAAAGUGGGAGGGGACCAAAGGGAGAUCGACCCCAAAGCCAUUGAUGAAGAGUUUCAUUCCUCUACAAAGAUUCUGUUGGAUGGUGAGCAUGUCCUGAUGGCUUUCAAAGCUGGGCGGGAUAUUUCUUGCUUCACCAGCCAUCGCGUUCUUCUCAUUGAUGUGCAAGGACCCAGUGGCAAGAAGGUUGAGUAUCGAAGUAUUCCGUUCUCGAGCAUCCGUGCCUGGUGUUGUGAAACAGCUGGUGUGUGGGACACAGAUACAGAGUUGACACUGUACACUCGCAAUGGUUGGGACUUGGCCAAGAUUGACUUGGACUUCCGUACUGGCAAAGCUGACAUUUCUCGGAUCAACAGGUUUUUGGCUGCUCUCAUUAUUGGUUUGCCCAGUGAUUCCAAGGUUGACUUUGGGGCACACAGUGCCUCAAGCAGUGAAACAAAACCAAUCAAGGGGGCAACCCCAGGUAUUCUUGAUAACUGCUGGGAGAUUGAUGCCGCUGAGAUCGACAAAAAACUUCGCAGUGACCCCUUGCUGUUGCUGGAUGAAGAGAAGGUGCUCCGUGCGUUCCAGCGUGGCCGAGAUGUUACUGCUUACACAGACAGAAGGAUGAUCUCGAUUGAUACCAAGGGUUUGUCUAGCAAAAGGGUCAAGUACAAGUCCGUUCCUUUCCACCAGGUAUAUGCCUACGAGUUCGAAACGUGUGGGCUUAUAGACCGUGACGCAGAGAUCUAUCUUCACACUGAGAUCUCCGAUGUGACACAGGAGGAGUGCCCUCGAAAGGUGAAGGGACUUACCACCAAGCAGAGUUUGCUAGUGGCCAAGAUUGACAUCUAUGGCAUUGGCAACUUUUUCAAUGAUCAAGUCUUGUUCAACAAGAAAAGGCAUUUGGCUGAACCGGAUGGUUUGCAAGUGAACUUUAUUGAAUGUUUCUCGAAUCUUGGAGUUUGAAUGUGUCGUGGACGUUCGAUGUUAGCAAGGAACGGUAUUGCCUAAGUCUGGGAUAGAACGAGAUGUGAUGGAUAGCCUGGUGCCUGCCAAAACAUUUUUUACUUGUUGCCAUGCCUUGACGACUGUAGGUUUUCGAUGCUGACCACUUCCAGUCCUAUCGUAUCGGAAAGGUUCUGGGUGGGGGUACAGAGGCAAGUCAAGACCGAAUAUGGGGAUGAGGUGUGGCAAGUUUUAAAAAGUCCGAAAUACUUAACUUGGUUUGUUCAUAAAAGAGGUCGCCUUGGCGACUCAAUGUUGUGCUUCGCGCUUCGCGAAAGCCAUCUACGUGAUGUGUCACGUCACUUACGUGGAGCGCACUUACUCACAUUGGCUGUGUCGGCGGAAUUGCUUUUUUUCUCCCAGCUAGUAUAAUUAUUUUUGCAGCGUUUUUGGUUACCGUAGAAACACCUUUGAAAGAACGUUGCUUCAGAUUCCCAGUUUCACAACACAGGGGUACCGGUACCGGUGUGUCAUUCUCAGUGUCUAGUUAGCUACGUGGUACCGUAGCGUGGUACCGGUAGUGCUACUAGCCAGACCGUGCCCAGUGCUCACCUUUUUUUUAAAAAACAUCCAAAUCUUUGAAGAGUUCCAUCAAGCCUUGAGAAUAGCAGAUGGUUGCUCGUCCCAUCGCAGCUCAGGACGCACACGCAUCCACAGCGCUGAAGGAGGCGGCAAGAGGAGCUCUAGCAAGCUAGAGCAGGCAGAACUGCUGAGAACGUUCAAAAGACGGAUGGCCGUUUGCCUCCCACAAGCCAAAGCCGAGCCGAGAAGAUCUGAUGAUGCCGCCAUGUGCUUCCAAAUUAUUCAACCCUUUGUGGUGCAGCUUUCAGGUUGGUUCGAGUGGAAAUGUGGCAAUUGGCAAUAAAGUUUUUAGAAGCGGGGGAAGAGCAAGAAAAAAGUAUUGUAUUUGGUUCUCUUUGGCUGUUUCGAGCUGUUUCGCUGCUCUGACACACUACUGUACAUGUACUGAGCUCACACUGGCUACUACGUACUUUACUCUGAUGAGAAAGAACGGAGUACUCAGUGGCUUGCCAGCUAUUGAGACGCCACCAUCGUCGACUGCUGGUUCCUUUAGUCCACCGGGGGGUGGAGAAAUCCAGUGGCAUGUGAAUGGCACUGCCCCUCCAGUGGAAGACAGUGGUAAAUGGUGGUCAAGAAAACAGCAGUAUUAGUAGAGACAGUGGUAAACAGCGGUAUGUAAAGAGCGGUAAACAGCGGUAAAUAUGGUGGUACAGACAGCGGUAAAUAGUGGUAGACGGUGGUUGGCAGUAAUAAGCAAAUGGAUACUAGUAGUACCUCGCCAAAACCUUAGGUGGGCAGUGAUGAAGCAAUGGAUUUCUCCAUCCCCCCGCUGUUCAGUACGCUGAUCCGGUGGCAGCUGCCGCAACUGUAGCUACCAGGUAGCGGUAUAGUAAUAAGCAGAUGACAUUGUGACCAGACACUGUAGAUAGUCUAGUACCGGUUUAUUGGCUUGACACCAGGCUCGAAAUCAAUGUCGUGUGUCGGUCGCGUGUUUCGGUUUGGAUCGGCUUUUAAUAAAAGUGGAAAGUAUUGCACAGAUUUAUCGUAAGUAGCAGUACACUGGUUGCGGUCACGGUUCGGUACGGUACCCGGUACCAUAGCAAGAGCCACAAUAGCCAGCGGCUUCCGCUUGCCGGAGGAUCAAGGUCAAGUUUCUCCGAUCCGAGCCUUGGCUGGAUAGUGGUAGUAAUUACUAGCUAGCUAGCUAGUAGAACGUUGUGUACUCGCUUCGUGGGCUGGCUGCCGCAGUUUUCAUCCAAAUUGACGGGAGAGAGGAGCCUUCAUUGUGAUAACAGAGGAGAACUUCCAGGGAGGCCUGUUCAAAGACUCUCUAUCACCCUACAAGCCAAAUCAUAUAUUGGCCAAGAAGAUUGUUCAUGGUAUCCCUGCAACAAGCCAACUCUUUUAAGAUGCUUGACGACGUCUCUUCGACCCUAUUUGGCGUAGACUCGUCGACUCUCUUUGGCUUAGACUCCUCAUCGUCAACAACAGGUAUUGGCCGCACUCGUGGCGUCCAACGUUCCAGCUCCGGAAAUAGUGGCCGCACUCGAGGCGUCCGACGUACCAAGUCUUGGGUCUUUCGGAAGACCACCGGUCGUGAUUUCUCGGCUGCAGCUCACGCCGCGGCAGAUGCGCCAACGAAUAUCUUUGCAUCAGA